AUGAGCAUGGUGACACUUUUUGGUCUCUGUUCCAGCAUGGGACUCUGGUCCAGAAUAUCUCCCGCACCUGCCAGCUCUGUCAUGAUACUGUUUCUAGUGAAACAGCAUUUUCACUCACAAGCCAAAGGAUCUGUGCUGGAAAAAACCACUACUGGAUGGAACAAAUAUAAACAAGAAUGCUUGAAAAUGCUGCAGGAAUCAACUGUAGAUACUGGAAUACAUUGUAAUGGGACAUUUGAUCAGUUUGUUUGCUGGCCUUACUCACCCCCAGGAAAUGUCUCUGUUCCUUGUCCUUCAUAUUUGCCGUGGUUGGAAAAUGGAAGUGUAGGAAAUGUAUACAGAGUCUGCUUGGAUGAAGGGACUUGGCAAACGAAGGAAAAUUCCACAGACAUUUGGCGUGAUAGUUCAGAAUGUUCUGAGAAAAAUAAUUUAAAAAAAAAAGUAAAAGAACAUAAAUUACUUACCACAUUACAGCUGUUGUACACUAUAGGAUAUUAUUUUUCUCUCAUCUCACUUGUAUUAGCUCUCCUUAUACUUUCUUUACUCAGAAAACUUCACUGCACAAGAAACUACAUCCAUAUGAAUUUAUUUGCAUCUUUCAUCUUGCGCGCCACAGCAGUUCUUAUAAAAGACACUGUAUACUACAAGAUUUACUCCAAAAAACCAAAUGAUGAAACUGGAUGGAUAGUAUACCUCAGUCCUGAGAUUGUAAUCAUUUGCAGGACUGCCCAGUUUUUCAUGCAUUACUUUAUUGGGGCAAAUUAUUUUUGGCUAUUAGUAGAAGGAAUUUAUCUGCAUACGUUAUUGAUAACUGUUGUACUCUCUGAAAGACGACUGCUACAAACGUAUGUUGUGAUAGGAUGGGUUGUUCCUAUCCUGUUUGUGGGCCCUUGGGGAAUAAGCAGAUCAAAACUGGAGAACACAGGGUGCUGGGGAACAAAUGAACACAUGGGAAUCUGGUGGAUUAUCCGAGGACCAAUGUUGUUUUCUGUUGCAGUUAACUUUGGCAUCUUCUUAAAAAUUCUCAGGAUGCUGAUUUCCAAACUAAAAGCUCAGCAAAUGAGCUUUCACGACUACAAAUACAGAUUGGCAAGAUCUACACUUGUGCUGAUUCCAUUGUUGGGGAUCCAUGAAUUUGUAUUUAUCUUCAUCACUGAUGAACAGGUGGAAGGACUUUCAAGGCAUAUAAAACUUUUCAUUCAGCUGACAAUGAGCUCAUUUCAUGGUUUUUUUGUAGCAGUUUUAUAUUGCUUUGCUAACGGAGAGGUGAAAGCAGAGCUCCAGAAGCAGUGGUCCCGCUUCCUACUGGUAGAUCCCUUUGGCUGUAAACUCUGCUUUCUUGGGGAAAACAUAAAAUACCUCAGGAAAUGUUCACAGAAACGAAAAAACCAGCACCUCAGCAGCAAACACCACUUGUGCCUGGAGGCAAGAGAGUCCUGGGGCAUGCAGCUCCAGCAAGUGCUAGUGAAGCAGAGGACAGAUCUCAGCCCAGAGCCAGGCUGUGCUCUCCCGUCUCAUCCACGGGCAAGCAUGUCAGACAGCAGCGAAGGAGAAAUCACCACUGCGGAGACAACUGAGGAAGUCUUCGAAGAAAGCGAGAUUUAG